AUGAGUAGCAUUGUUAAUAAAAGCGGGACACGUUUUGCCCCUAAAGUUAGGCAGCGUAGAGUUGCUACUGGUGGAACACCGACGCCAAACUCAAAAACACCUCAACUGUUUGUUCCUGAGAGUAAAGAAAUAGAAAUCGAUAAUAGUGAUAAUGAUAAAAGUGCUGAUGAAAAUGAGACAGUCAUUGUUAAUAAGGUCUUACAGGUUGAAGAACACUCUCUCGAAGGCGUCACAUUAAAGGCCACCAUCGGGCCCGAUAAUGAGGGAGAACAUGAGGGACCUAUGGAUGUUUCCACUCAGAACGUUAAAUCAAACGUUAUAGAAGAGAAUGAGACGCGAAAAAUGCUAACUUUGCAAACUCAACGAGAUCUAAAAUCAUCAAGGUCUAGCAGGCUAGCUUCACUAAGCAUGGACAACGAAAAUCGUCCAAGUUUCAAACCAUCCUUUCUCGAUUCUUCCAGUAAUACCAAUGGAACUGCUCGACGUCUUUCAACGAUAUCCAACAAGCUUCCAAAGAAGAUAAGGCUAGGAAGUAUAACAGAAACCGAUAUGAACUUGAAAACUUUCAAAAGGCAUAGGGUUUUGGGUAAACCUUCCUCCAUCAAAAAGCCAGCUGGUGCACACAGAAUAAGUAUUGUGUCCAAAAUUUCCCCACCUACUGCAAUGACUGAUUUUUCGGACAAGAACGAAUCUUCAUCUAAAACUUCUACAUCAAGAACAGCUAAUGAGAAUGAAAACUAUGUCAUUAGCAAAGUAAAGGAUAUACCGAAAAAAGUGGGUGAUGGAGAGUCUGCUAAAUAUCUUAUUGAUGAAGAGAAUUUUACAAUGGCCGAAUUGUGUAAGCCAAAUUUCCCUAUAGGCCAAAUAUCCGAAAACUUUGAGAAAUCUAAAAUGGCUAAAAAGGCUAAACUAGAGAAAAGGAGGCAUUUUAGGGAAUUAAGAAUGCGUGCGCGUGAAGAAUUCAAGCCAUUGCAUUCAUUGACCAAAGAGGAACAAGAGGAAGAGGAAGAGAAGAGGAAGGAAGAGAGAGAUAAACUAUUGAAUGCUGAUAUUCCAGAGUCAGAUCGCAAAGCGCAUACGGCAAUCCAACUAAAACUUAAUCCUGAUGGUACUAUGGCUAUUGAUGAAGAUACAAUGGUUGUUGACAGGCACAAAAAUGCUAGUAUUGAGAAUGACUAUAAAGAGAAAGUUGAUGAAAACCCAUUUGCCAAUCUCUAUAACUAUGGGUCAUAUGGUAGGGGGUCCUACACUGAUCCGUGGACUGUGGAAGAAAUGAUAAAAUUCUACAAAGCACUGUCUAUGUGGGGGACAGAUUUUAAUUUAAUCUCACAGUUGUAUCCUUACAGGUCAAGAAGACAAGUGAAGGCCAAAUUUGUUAGUGAGGAGAAAAAACGUCCAAUACUGAUUGAGUUAGCUCUUCGAUCUAAGUUGCCACCUAAUUUUGAUGAAUACUGUUGUGAAAUUAAAAAAAAUAUUGGCACAGUAGCAGAAUUCAAUGAAAAACUAAUCGAAUUACAAAACGAGCAUGAACAACAUAUGAAGGAAAUCGAAGAAGCCAAGAAUACAGCCAAGGAGGAGGACCAAACUACACAAAGGUUAAACGAUGUCGAUUUGAAUAAGAAGGGAUCCGGUGGUAUCAUGACGAAUGAUCUGAAGGUUUAUAGAAAGACAGAGGUUGUUCUAGGUACAAUCGAUGACUUGAAAAGGAAAAAACGACAAGAAAAAAAUGUCAAUGACGAUGGAGAUGAUGAAGGAGAUGACGAAGAACCUGGAACUAAUCAGUGA